CCUCCCAUCCUAGCCUAUUGCCAGAGUAUGAUCAGAGAAGGGGAGAGUGGCUGUCAGAAGAUUGGAAAACAGAGGACUAGAGAGUCAAGCCAAGAAAAGACGACUACAGGGGGGAAGUCAAGUAAGAAUGGAAGGCCAGUCAGAAUGUUCAGUAUAAGUGACUCCUUUCAGGAUAAAGGCUCCCUGUGCUGCCGAGGGCAUCUAUGUCCCCCUUCACCGUUGGGGAUAUGGACCAAAUUCUACAAAUCAGACCCUCGCAUUGCCCUUGGGAAAUACUCCCCCUUGGAAAAAGAGAUCCUUCGUCUAGGUGGCGUUCACACCAUAGCAGCCAGAAGGUUUCUGACUUACAAGCAAGAGGAAGAACGGAAAAUGGUCAAGGAACUGCAGCUGCUGUCUUCAGACUACAAACGGGUGGAAUAUAAAAAACAACAUUCCCUUCCCUGUGGGCCCCUAGAAAAAAUUUGGACGGCAAAGGUGGUCGUGCCCCCGGAGGAGUUCCAAAUGCCACAACGAGAGAGGCUGAACAUCAAUCUCAUGCUGAUGAGUCAGAAUUUUAUAUCACGAGGAGUCCACGCCAGUGAUGUGCCAAAGGCCAACCGCCUGGAAGGAGACAGCGCCUGGAAAGAGGACACGCGGAGAGCUGCUUCCCAUCUGUAUUAA